AUGUCCUCCCCAUCACACGCUUCCUGGAAGGACACGGUGGCGCUGUCCUUGGUACUGAAAGUGGAGAUUCUCAACAGUGAAGAUGUUGUCUCAACACGGCUGUACUUUGUGAACGCCUCCCUGCAGCGGGUGACCUUCUCCAGCUCCGUGGGGGUGUCCCUGCCCUGCCCCGCGGGCGGCGCCCCCCAUGCUGUCCUGCGCUGGUACCUGGCUGCCGGAGACGACAUUUACGACGUGCCCCACAUCCGCCACGUGCACGCCAAUGGUACCCUCCAGCUCUACCCCUUCUCACCCUCUGCCUACAACAGCAUUAUCCACGACAACGAGUACUUCUGCACUGCCGAGAACCAGGCUGGCAAAAUCCGAAGCCCGAGCAUCCACGUCAAAGCAGUGUUCAGGGAGCCCUACACGGUGCGUGUGGCCGACCAGCGCUCCAUGCGAGGUAAUGUUGCCGUGUUCAAGUGCCUCAUCCCCGCCGCUGUCCAGGAGUACGUCAGCGUGGUGUCCUGGGAGAAAGACACCGUCUCCAUCGUCCCAGGUAACCGUUUCUUCCUGACCUCGUUUGGAGCUCUGUACAUCUCAGAGGUGCAGAAGGAGGAUGCUCUGUCCACCUACCGCUGCAUCACCAAGCACAAGUACAGUGGAGAGACCCGCCAGAGCAAUGGAGCCCGGCUCUCCGUCAAGGACCCUACGGAGUCCACCCCAUCAGUGCUGGACAGCUUCCAAUCUGGGGAGGUGCAGGUGGGGCACAGUGUGGAGCUGCCCUGCAUCGCCUCUGGAUAUCCCAACCCCACCAUCCGCUGGCUAAAGGAUGGACGCCCACUGCCUGCAGAUUCCCGCUGGACGCGGCGCCUCACUGGCCUUACCAUCUCUGACUUGAGGCUGGAGGACAGUGGUAACUACAUCUGUGAGGUCACCAACAGUUUCGGCUCCAAGGAAGUGACGGGGCACCUCAACGUCAUAGAGCCGUUGCGGGUCACUUUGUCCCCUAAGAACCUAAAGACGGGGAUCAGCAGCACCGUGAUACUGUCCUGUGCCGUCCAAGGUUCCCCCCACUUCACCGUGUCCUGGUACCGCAACACAGAGCCUGUACUGGCGGACCAGCACUUCUCCAUCCAGGGGGCCCAUAAUGAAACUCUCUUCAUAUCCGCUGCCCAAAAGAGACAUUCUGGGGCUUAUCAGUGCUUUGCCACACGCAAGGGCCAGACCGCCCAGGACUUCUCCAUCAUACUGCUGGAAGAUGGUACGCCGCGUAUUGUGGCUUCCUUCAGUGAGCGGGUGGUAGUCCCGGGCGAGCCGUUUUCCCUGAUGUGUGCUGCCAAAGGAGCGCCCCCUCCUACCAUCACCUGGACCUUAGAUGAUGAGCCUGUGGCCCGGGACCUGUCGCGUGUCCGAGCCAGCCAGUACACCCUCUCUGACGGUAGCACCGUGAGUCACGUCAACGUCAGCAGCCCGCAGAUCCGCGAUGGAGGAGUGUAUCGCUGCGCCGCACGCAACUCGGCCGGUAGCGCCGAGUACCAAGCGCGCAUAAACGUAAGAGGUCCACCAAGAAUUCGGCCGAUGAAGAACAUCACUGCAGUGGCUGGAAGGAACACCUUCAUAAAUUGCCGUGUGAUUGGCUACCCAUAUUACUCCAUCAACUGGUACAAGGAGGGUCUUCUUCUCCCUGACAACCAUCGCCAGGUUGUGUAUGAGAAUGGGACUCUGAAGUUAAGUGAUGUUCAGAAGGGGAUGGACGAGGGGGCCUACGUCUGCAGUGUUCUCAUCCAACCACAGCUCUUCAUCACACAGACCAUAUACGUCACCGUCAAAGUGCCCCCGCUGAUCCAGCCGUUUGACUUUCCGCCAACCUCCAUCGGUAAGCUGAUGUACAUUGCCUGCGUGGUGUCGUCCGGAGACAUGCCCAUACGUAUCACCUGGCGCAAGGACGGCCAGGAGAUCGUGCCCUCCUCGGGUAUCACCAUUGACACCAAGGAGUUCAUGAGCUCUCUGCAGAUUUCCAAGGUGUCGCUCAAGCACAACGGCAACUACACCUGCAUCGCCAGCAACGACGCCGCCACCGUUAGCUCAGAGCGGCAGCUCACAGUCACGGUGCCUCCUCGGUUUGUGGUGCAGCCCAACAACCAGGAUGGGAUCUACGGAAAGGCAGGGGUCCUUAACUGUUCUGUAGAUGGAUACCCCCCACCCAAGGUCAUGUGGAAACAUGCCAAAGGUACACUAGCUGGCAUAGGGAACCCCCAGCAGUACCACCCUGUUCCUCUGACGGGCCGAAUCCAGAUCAUGGGCAAUGGCUCUUUACUCAUCAGGCAUGUUUUGGAGGAAGAUCGUGGCUUCUAUCUUUGUCAGGCCUCCAACGGGGUGGGCUCAGAUAUCAGCAAGAGUAUGGUCCUGACUGUCAAGAUCCCAGCUAUGAUCACCAGUCACCCCAACACCACCAUCGCUAAGAAGGGCCAUGUGAAGGAGCUGAACUGCACAGCCAGGGGGGAAUGGCCCAUCAUCAUCCGCUGGGAAAGGGGCGACACGGUUAUUGACCCCGACCGCAACCCUCGCUACUCCAUUACCACCAGCCCCAACGAGAAGACUGACGAGGUGUUGUCGACACUCAAGUUGAAACCAGCGGAGCGUGGGGAUUCGGUCUUCUUCUCCUGUCAUGCCAUCAACUCCUACGGAGAGGGACGAGGCCUUAUUCAGCUCACUGUGCAAGAGCCCCCAGACCCCCCAGAGUUGGAGGUGAGAGAAGUGAAAGAUCGCAGUAUGAACCUGCGCUGGACACAGAGGUUUGACGGCAACAGCAUCAUUACCUUCUAUGACAUCGAGUAUAAGAACAAGACAGAUUCCUGGGAAGUGAAGCAUGCUACCCGUAACAUCUCCCCCACCAACAACCAGGCCAACAUCGUGGACCUUCACCCCGCUUCAGUUUACAGCAUCCGCAUGUACUCCUACAAUGCCAUAGGCAAGAGUGAGGCCAGCAAGGAGCUUACCAUCAGCACGGAAGAAGCACAGCCUGAUGGUCCCCCCAUGGAUGUGACUCUGCAGCCAGUGACUUCCCAGAGCAUCAGGGUUACCUGGAAGGCUCCUAGGAAGGAGCUGCAGAAUGGGGUGAUCCGGGGUUACCAGAUCGGCUACAGGGAGAAUGGGCCUGGUAGUAAUGGCCAGUACAGUAUCGUGGAGAUGAAAGCCACCGGAGAUAGUGAGGUGUACACCCUAGACAACCUGAAGAAGUUUGCCCAGUACGGGGUGGUGGUCCAGGCUUUCAACAGAGCAGGAACUGGCCCCUCCAGCUCGGAGAUCAAUGCUACAACACUUGAGGAUGUGCCCAGCCAGCCGCCCCAGAAUGUGCGAGCCAUUUCUGUGACAUCAGAUGAGGCUGUGAUAACAUGGGCUGAACCUCCCCGCAUGACACUACAUGGUGUACUGAAAGGCUACCGUGUUGUCUUCUGGGCUGUAUUCCCCGAUGGAGAGUGGGGGGAGAUGCAGAACAUCACCACUACCAAGGAACAGGUAGAGCUUAAAGGCCUGGAAAAGUUCACCAACUACAGCAUCCAGGUGCUGGCCUACACCCAGGCUGGAGAUGGGGUCCGUAGCAACGUCCUCUAUAUCCAGACCCGUGAAGACUACCCUGGACCACCGGCUGGCAUCAAAGCUGUGCCCUCCUCUGCCAGUAGUGUGGUCGUAUCCUGGUUACCCCCCCACAAGCCAAAUGGAAUCAUCCGCAAGUACACCAUCUACUGCUCCAGCCCCGGAUCAGGCCAACCGUGUGUGUGCGUGCAAGCUCACCCUCCAGUUUCAUUUGCAUAUCUGCGUCUCAUCACGUUGCCAGGACAACCUCAUCUGUUCAUCAACGAGGGCAGAAAACAAGCUGACAGCAAAUACACACUUAACUCUACACAUGUUGAGGACACGGCCAUUCCCGUGUCUCUAGACGGACAGCGUCUUAUUCUGAAUAAUGGGACACUAGUGUUGCGUUCAGUGAAAGCUGAGGAUUCUGGUUACUACACCUGCACGGCCACAAACACACUGGGCUUUGACACCAUUAUAGUCAACCUUGUGGUGCAAGUCCCUCCAGAUCAGCCUCGCCUUACAGUCUCCACCACCUCCAUAUCCUCCAUCACACUGGCCUGGAUACCAGGAGACAAUGGAGGCAGCUCCAUCAGAGGUUUUGUGUUGCAGUACUCUGUGGACAACACAGAGGAGUGGAAGGAUGUGUUCAUCAGCUCCAGUGAGCGGUCCUUUAAGCUGGAUAACUUGCGCUGUGGCACCUGGUACAAGGUCAAGUUGGCAGCCAAGAACAGUGUUGGGGCGGGACGCAUCAGUGAGAUCAUCGAGGCCAAGACCCAUGGACGAGAGCCCCAGUUCAAUAAGGACCAGCUGGUGUUCACACACAUCAACUCCAGCCAUGCCCGCCUUAACUUGCAGGGCUGGGCCAGCGGGGGCUGUCCCAUCAGCGCCAUCACUCUGGAGUUCAGACCUAAAGGUACGUGGGCCUGGCAGAUUGUGCGCACCAACGCCACCACAGAUGUGUUCCUGGCAGAGCUGCGUGAGGCCACGUGGUAUGAGCUGAAGAUGAAAGCUUGCAACAGCGCUGGCUGUGGCAACCAGAGCUCCCAGUUUGCUACGCUGGACUAUGAUGGCAGCACUAUCCCACCAAUCAAAUCCCCCCUGGAAAAGAACGACGAUGUGAAGAAGCUGUUUUCUAUCGGCUGCCCUGUGAUCUUGGUGACUCUGGGUGUCGCCCUCCUCUUCAUAAUUCGAAAGAAGCGCAAAGAGAAAAGGCUGAAGAGACUGAGAGAUGCCAAAAGCCUUGCAGAAAUGCUGAUCAGUAAGAACAACCGUAGCUUUGACACCCCGGUGAAGGGUCCUCCUCAGGGCCCACGGCUACACAUUGACAUACCCAGAGUCCAACUGCUAAUUGAAGACAAAGAAGGCAUCAAGCAGAUUGGUGAGGACAAAGCCACCAUACCUGUUACAGACACAGAGUUCAACCAAACAGGGAACCCACAGAGCUUCUGUACAGGUGUGUCUGUCCAUCACCCUGCCCUCAUCCAAAACACCGGCCCUUUGAUUGACAUGUCAGACAUCAGACCAGGAACCAACCCUGUGUCAAGGAAAAGUGUAAAGUCAGCCCAUAGCAUCAGAAACCGCUACUCCAGCCAGUGGACCUUGACUAAAUGCCAGGCCUCCACACCAGCGCGUACCCUCACCUCAGACUGGCGCACGGUGGGCUCUCAGCAUGGCAUUACCGUCACAGAGAGUGACAGCUACAGUGCCAGCCUCUCACAGGACACAGAUAAGGGGCGUAACAGUAUGGUGUCGACCGAGAGUGCGUCCUCCACCUAUGAGGAGUUAGCCAGGGCCUACGAACAUGCCAAGCUGGAGGAGCACUUGCAGCAUGCCAAAUUUGAGAUCACGGAGUGCUUUAUCUCUGACAGUUCUUCUGAUCAGAUGACAACUGGUACAAAUGACAAUGCGGAUAGCAUGACCUCCAUGAGCACUCCUUCAGAGCCAGGUAUCUGCCGUUUCACUGCCUCCCCGCCCAAACCCCAGGACUAUGACCGCGGCAAGAAUGUAGCUGUGCCCAUCCCACAUCGCGCCAAGAGUGACUAUUGCAACUUACCCCUCUACAUGAAGACAGAUCCUUUCUUCCGAAAGCAGUCAGAGCAUCAUGACCCGUGUCCAGUGGUUCCACCACGUGAAGCCUCCAUCCGUGGCCUGGCUCAACGGGCGUACCACACCCAGGGCCGCCAUGUGACUAUGGACUCUGCCAAGCAGCAGGCCCUGACCAUGGGCCACUCUGGCCUGGCCAGCCUCACCUCCUCUGGAGCCUCCUCUGGAGGAGCAACAGGAGGUAGUGGUGGUGGUGUUGGAACAGGAGGUGGAGGCAGUGGGAGCGGAGUAGCAUCUGCCAGCUCCAGUAGCUCCACUUUGCCCCAGAGGACUCUCACCAUGCCUGGCUCCUCUGCCUCAGCUGCUCAGAGUGCAGCAGCUGCCGCUGCUGCAACAGCCGCUGCUGCUGGGGCAUCAUCAUCGUCUGGUGGUGGCGGGGGGCCAGGAGCGUCAGGGGGGACCCCUGGAGGUGCCUCCUCAUCCUCCAAGAUGGGGGGAUCCAGAGACUCUCUGCUGGAGAGCAGUUCCUCGGGCUUAGGCAGACUGCAGAAGCAGAGAGAUGGAGGGGCAGGGGCCUACUCCAAGUCCUACACACUUGUGUAG